UGGGCGGUUGGGAUUUAGCGAGGUCGCCGAGCUCCGCGUUUAACUCCAGCAGGUGAUUCAAUGGAAUAGAGAUUCAUUCGGGUUCCUGCUAACAUGGAUCAACGCUGGGUUCCUGCUCUACUGCUCGUUCUAAUUGUUCAUCAAGGUGUAUCUGGACCUUUGAUUGAACCACAGAAUGGCACGUUGAUUAAGGAAAAGGGUGAUCGCAUUAGUCUUGGAUGUACAGAUCUGCCUGGUGUCAGGUGGAUAACUCCAUCAAGUGCAAAAAAAGCCGUUAACCAAAGCCGCGUCAAUAUCAAAUCAGCAGAGCCAAAACACAUGGGCCGAUACAUAUGCCAAAAUCGCAUUUCUUUUGAGAACAGCUCCCUUUACAUAUUUGUGGAAGACUCGAAGAAUUUGUUUGUAAAUCCAUCACUGCGACAGAUGUUCAUUGGUGGAACAGAAGGGGCUGAAGCUGUCAUUCCUUGCCGAGUUACAACCCCUAUGAUUGAAAACCUCAGACUGGAGAAAGAUAAAGGAACACCUAUGCCCAAAGACCUCUCCUAUACUGCUGACAUCUACACUGGCAUAAGCAUCACUAAUCUGAAGAGAUAUUUUGAAGGGUAUUAUGUGUGCACUGCUGUACUAAAUGGAAUAGUGAAAAAAUCAGAAAGAUUUAAACUGCAGAUAAUACCAGUCCCCAAGAGAGCCCCAGAGAUCACCGUGAAGAUAAAUAAGGAGUUGCUGAAGGAAGGAGAGGAGUUUCAGAUGACAUGCACAAUAAAAAAUAUAAACCAGGCAGUAACCGUGAAUUGGAUUCAUCCACAAAGUUCAGCAGCUAAAGUGACAACAUCAUCCAACAACUUUCCUAAAUACUAUCAAACUAUACGUACAUUGUGCAUUGAUUCAGUGACAGUCAAUGACACCGGAAGUUUUACAUGUUUCGCCAGAAAUGAUUUUGGCAUGUCAAAUGCCACAGUGUUUCUACAGGUUAUCGCUGAAGGAUAUAUAAAGUUGUUACCUCCAGAGAGCAGUGUGCUUCAUGUAAACAUUGGAGAAAACCUUGUGCUAAAUGUGGAGUUUGAUGCCUAUCCAGUUCCUGAUCAGCAGUACUGGAUUCACAUGAAUGAGACAUUACUUAACACGUCGGACCAUUUUAUUAAAUCUGCAAAAGUGGGAAACAGAUACAUUAGUGAACUGCACGUGGUUCGAGUAAAGGGAACAGAAGGUGGAAUUUAUACAUUUUUUGCUUCAAAUUCUGAUUCCAAUUCAUCAGUUUCAUUUGACGUGCACAUAAACAGCAGCCCGGAGAUAAUUACUAUUGAAGAACCCAAGCCAGGUCACGUUCGAUGUGUAGCAAUAGGAUUUCCAAAGCCAAAAAUAAAGUGGCUUAAUUGCCCUGGACCACAGAAACGGUGCUCAGACACACCCAUGGCAACAGCAGAAGAAUUACACUGGACAAACAGAAUAAUACGCCAGCCCCAUUUUGGAAGGAUUGAAGUAGAAAGCAUUCUUAAUACCAAGGAACUGAACAGCAACAUUACGGUGGAGUGCCUGUCAUCCAACAGUGUUGGCGAGAAUCGUGCAAUCUAUCAGAUGAAAGGAGGCAGAUAUGAUUAAAUCUCCAGCAACUCCGCUGUCGUUCAGUCCUGGAAAAUUGAUGUGCUCUCAAACGAGAACUGUGCCGUAAAGAGAUUUUUUUGUAAUAUCGCUUUCAUGUUUGUAGUAAUUGAAGGUACAGUCUUCCCUAUUGUCUAUCAGGGAGUCACAUGACUGUUCUUGGCGACUCCAACUAAUGAGCCCUAAGCAUGGAUAAUCCAGGGCAGGGGGACAGCGCAUGGCUUUCUAGUCGAGGACCUAGAUCAAGCAUGUAGCUUCUGAAAAAUUCUCUGUAAUAAAGUCCUCUGUUUCAAGU